GUGGAACGGCGCUUAGUCACAGGUUGCCCGUACCCCAGCGCAGACAGACACGGAAAAUGGACGACACGGACUUUUCGCUCUUCGGGCAGAAGAACAAGCACAAGAAAGACAAAGCAGAUGCCACACAGAUCGCCAAGACGCCCACUUCGGAGGCGGAUCUGAAGCGGAUCAUCACCUCCCGACCCACGGUGGAGGAUACCUACGAGAACUGCGCGAGCGCCGGCAUCGCGCUGAUCCUCAACCACAAGGAUGUCAAGGGGCAGAAGCAGCGCGUGGGCACCGAACGGGAUCGCGACGAUAUGCAGCACACGCUGCAGACCUUCGGCUUCGAUGUGCGAACCUACAACGAUCUGACCUUCGCGGAAAUCAACGAUAUGCUGAAGGAGGUGGCACUCGAGGAUCAUAGCGACAAUGAUUGCUUUGUGCUUGUGGUCAUGUCGCAUGGCACCGAGGGCAAGGUCUAUGCCAGGGACAUGUCCUACCCGGUGGAGCGUCUGUGGAACCCCUUCCUGGGCGACAAAUGCAAGACGCUGAAGAACAAGCCGAAGCUCUUCUUCAUACAGGCCUGCCGUGGCGAGAAUCUGGAAAAGGCCGUGGAGUUCGAGUCCUUUUCGGUGAUGACCCGAUCACUGGCUCCCGCCGCAGUGGCGCCGGUGCAGCCGAUUACCUACGCCAUACCCAGCACGGCGGACAUGCUCGUCUUUUACUCCACCUUCGACAAAUUUUUCUCGUUUCGCAAUGUGGACGAUGGCUCGUGGUUCAUUCAGAGCUUGUGCCGCGUCCUGGACAUGGCCGCCUUCAAUGAGGCUGGCCAGCCCGAGGGCGUCGAGCUGCUGCGCCUGCUGACCGCCGUCAACCGGAAGGUGGCCUACGAGUACCAGUCGAAUACGAAGAACGAGGCCCUCAAUCAAAUGAAGGAAAUGCCCAACUUUAUGUCCACGCUGACCAAAACCUUCCAGUUGCGUGUGAAGCCCAGAAGCAAGACCUGAACGCCGCGGCACAGAGCUGACUCACGACACCCCAAAGGAGGAACACGAAGCCAAACAGAAACCAUACCAGUAGAGUAAUAAUGUUUGCAAUUUGUU